AUUUUACAUGAACUGGCAUAAUUACUGUAAAAGCAGCUCGUAGGGGAUUAGACAACGCUCGAAAUGAGCAAGCGACUUUCGCGCAACACUCCGUGCCCCGAGUAGUAUACAUAAAGAUGGAACGAGCAAUGUUACAUACGCAUAUAGCAGUGCAUAUGCAAAGGAAGCCAUAAGCAAGCCCUGGUAGAGCAAACACCGGAGCAUGUCCGAAAGCGGGGGGCUUCCAGGCGUGGAGAGCUUAGCGCUCAAAGUGCGAAAGCUGCUUUGGGUGGUGCUCGACAACAUCCCCUCUGACCUGGUUGAAUGGAGCCUCGCGCUGGUGCGCUUGCUGCACGCCGUGGACACCUUCCCACGCGGCGGCCUGUACAGCGGGCACUACGCCCAGCAGGCAGCGCUGCGCUACGAGCUAUGCUGGCUGCCGCUGGCCGCCCGCGCGGCGGCGGCCCAGGAGGCGAAGCGCGCCCGCGGCGGCCGGCCCUUCCCCGAGCUGGUGCCGCCGCUGGAUGUGGCGCACGUGUGGCUGCUGCACAGGAUUCUGGAUCCAGCGGCGUACGAGCAGGACUGUGUGCGACUGCUGGGCCGGCGCCUUGAUCCGGCUCCUGAUCAGGCAUUCGCCUUCGCCGGCUCCCACGCCUACACGGCGGCGGAGUCGCCGGAGGAGAAGCAGCGCUGGGGCAGCCGCGAGGCCUGGGACGAGUCCUGUUUAGGCAGUCAGGGGCAGCAGCGGCGGCGCCAGGAGGCAGCGGGCGAAGGAGGAAGAGGAGUGGGAGGAGGCGGCGGCGGGGCAGGAGGAGGAGGGAGGCGGAGAGGGCGUGAAGGGGAUGGCGGUGGCGGUGGCAGCAGCGGUAGUGAGGACGGGCAGGGCGGCGGGGCACACCCCGCUGGCGACGGCGGCGGCGGGGAUGGGGAUGGUCACGGCGGCGGCGGCGCAGCCAGGCGCCGCCGUCACGCCGGCGCAGCCAACGGCAACACCGGUGGCAGCUCGGACAGCGGCCCGCCGCAAGCCCAGUUCUGGCCGCCUGCGCCCCCGGGUUCGCGGUUGGACCUCACGGCCCGCUUCCCCUCAGACGCGGCAGUAGCAGCGGCCGACGCGGCGGCUGUAGCAGGGGCCGGCGUCACGCCGGUGAUGCAGCUGGGGGGCCCGGGGGCGGCGGCGGAGGAGGGGGAGGAGGGGGAGGGGGCACGGAGCUCGGACUCGCGUCAGGCGGCACAGCAGCAGCGGGGCUGGUCGGUCUCGUCAGCCUCGGGGCCGGGGGCGGGGGCGGGGGCGGGGGCGGGGGCGGGGGGCGUGGACAUGCGCGGGGUGUUGGGUUCGUGCCUGGCAGGGCGGCUGGGCGAGCUGUGCCCGCUGCUGCACUCGCUGCUGCGGCCGGCGUACCUGGACCCGGAUGUGUUGGUGCAGGCCGUGCAGCGCUACGCCCGCUUCCUGAUGCUACAGGCCAUGCACCCUCACGUGCCCAUGGUGCCCACCACGGACAUUGCGCUCAUGUGGGUGUCGCACAUGGCGCUGCCCGCCGCCUACCGCGACUGCUGCGUGCGGCUGGUGGGGCGGCUGGUGGCGCCGGGCCCGGGGGCGUGGCGGCUGGAGGACGAGGGGCACGAGUUCGCCGAGACACGCCGCCUGUACGAACACCAUUUUGGAGAGGUGUACGACCCACCCCUCACACGGCCCGUGCCGCUCGCCACCCCCCACCCCCUCCUCAACUCCCCCCUCGCCCCCUUCCUCGCCGCAUUCGACGCCGCCGCGCCGCCGCCAACGGCCGCCGCCGCCGCCGCCGCCACCAACGGCACCAACCAACCAACCGCCUCCGCCCAGCUCGUCCGCGUCAUGCCCGCCCAUGCACACGCACACGCACAUACAAAUACGCAAGGCCGCCAGCCCUACAGCCCCUAUCAAUUUGCAUUCACGGCGGCGCCGCUGGCGCCGGCGGUGCCGGACGGCUACCGCUGCGGCGCGCACGCGUUGUACCUGGCCUACCUCAUGCGGCGGGGCGGCGGCCGCAGCGCUCGCGGGCUGCUGGGGAUGGUGCUGGGGCAGAGCCAUCGCCGCCGCGCCGCCGUCAGAUAUGUGGCCAAUAAGACCUCGCGGUUCCGUGACUUCCUGCACCUCCCCCACUCCGACUGCCACACCUACUGGCGCAAGCUGAGGCUGCGGCACGUCGACCCAGCCUCCGUCUACUCCGCCUCCGGCGCCUCCGGCUCCUCGCCCGCCUCCGCCUCGAUCGACGGCGACGGCGCCGCCGCUGGCGUGGAGGCCGAAGGCGCCGGGACGCCGCAUCGCCUGUCGGCGGCGGCGGCUCAGGCGCGGGAGGUGGAGGAGCUGCUCGGCACUGGCGGCGCUGGCGGCGGCAAUAGCGAUGAUGAUGAUGAGGAGGACGGCGGCCGCGGCCGGACCAGUAUCGCCGCUCAGCAGAAGGAGAUGCUGCGGCAGGCAAUCGCGGCAGCGACGGCGGCGGCGGCGGCCGCCGCCACGGCGGCGGUAGCGGCGGCGACGAGGGCCGAGGCGGCGGUGACGCCGUCGGCGGCAGCCGCGGGCGCUGGUGCUGGCGGCGGCGGUGUCGGCGGCGGUGGCGGGGGAGGGGUGUUGGGUGACUCGGGUCCGCUGGGGCCGCCACGCAGCCGGCGGCUGUCUUGGGCCGAGCCGCCGGGUCGCGAGGCCGUGACGCCCAUCCGUACUGGCGGCGGCGGCGGCGGCGGCGGCGGCGGCGGCGCCAGCCCUGGCGGUGGCGACGGCGGCGGCGGCGGCGUCAGCAUGACACUGGAUGAUGCCGUCGGCGGCUCGCCUCAGGCGCUGUCGGCGCGGCGGCAGACGGCGGCGUCGGCGGUCAGUGGCGGCGCGGCGGCGCCUGCGACGACGCCGAUGAGUGUGAUGGCGGCGGCUGGCGGCGGCGGCGGCGGCGGCGGCGGCGGUGGUGGCGGCAAGCGGCCGUGGAAGCCACCGAAGCGCAUCACGCUGAUCGUGCCGCUGCCGCCGCGGCCCCUUACCACCCAGACGUACCACGCCUCGCACCACCAUUACGAGACCGGGCACAGGUCGGUCGCGGCGGCGGCGGCGGCGGCGGCGGCGGGUGCAGCGGCAGUGGGCGGCGGGCUCAGUGAGACAGAGGGCCGCGGCGGCGGUGGCGGCGGCGGCGGCGGCUACAGUGGGGCUGACUCGGAGUCGUCCAUACCGCUGUCCAAUCUAACGGUGUCUUCCAUAAUAGACACGCAUCUCGAGAUUGACGGCGCUUCUUCCGCCAAUACCCCCGUCGCCGCCGCCGCUGGAAUCAAAACGCCCCAGAGCGCCUCCGUGCCGGCCACGCCCGAAGCCACCGCCGGCGCCGCCGCCGCCGCUGGCGACGCCGACGCGGUGGCAGCGGCCGCCGCCGCCGCGCGCGAUCCGUUCGCUGGAUCCAACAUGUGGAGGUCAGCCGUACCGCACUCGCAUAGCAUUAUCCGUGGCGGCGGCGGCGGUGGCGCCGCCGCCGCACUCGGCGGCUCAACAUCCAUGAACAGGAUGGACAGCCCAGCGGCACCGCUGGCGAUGGCAGUGUCAAUGACACGGGUGGACAACCCGGCGGCGGCGCUGGCGGCGGCUGGCGGCGGCGGCGGGGGAGGCGGCGGCGGCGGCGGCGGCGGCGUGGAGCGGCGGCCGAGCAUGGAGCGACAGCUCGGCGAGGACGGCAAUGAGCGGUGGGCGUACGCCAACCCGCACUUUGACGAGCGCACCUCCGCCGCCGUGCCGCUUUCGCCCACCAUCGCCACGCCGCCGCCGCCGGCCCUGGCCGCCUUGCUGGCGGCGAUGGAAGCCGGCAGCAACACCGCAUCGCCGCCGACGCCCCGCAUCCCAGACCUGAACGACCUGCCGCCAGGCGUGGCGCCGCCAACGGACUCGCCCGCCACCGACACGGCGGCGACGCCGCCGUCAGCAGCGGCGGCGGCGGCGGCGGCGGCGGCGCUGCCUGGCGACACCGAGCACAGCCCCGCCAGCGACCGGCCUUCCCCCGCCGCCUCCGCCGCCGCCUCCGCCGGCACCGGCGCCGCGGGCGCCGCCUCCGGCGCCACAACGCCUAGUUCCUCUCGCUGGGGCACGCCGCUCAACCUCAGUGAGCGACUCAUCCUCGGCGGCGCCGCCGGCGCCGCCGCCACCGCCGCCGGAGAUGCCGGCGGCGAGCUGUCGCAGAGCGGCCGCCAGCGGCUGGUCCUGGGACCCAAUGGCGUUGGGGUGCUGCUUCGGGACGAGGCGGCGGCGGCAUCGCCGACGCCGGGGGCGGGCACGCCCGGCCGCGUGUCAGCAGCCAACAGCGCCUACUUCUCCUUUCCCGCCAGCCGGUUCAACAGCGUCGGCGAGGACGGCAACGCCGAUGUCGCCGCCGCCAUCAUCGCCGCCGCCACCAUGCCAUCCGACGACGAGGCGAGCAGCAGCGGCGGCGGCGGCGGCGGCGGCGGCGGCGGAGGGGAGGACUCAAAUUACGCCACCCCGAGGUCUGUUUCGGCGGCGACGAUAGUGAUGCUGACGCCGCCGCCAGCGGCGGCGCCGCCGCCGCUAGCAGCGUCGGCGGUGGCAAUGUCGCCGCCGCCGCACGCGCAUCACCAUUUGGGCAGCGCGGUGCCGUCGACGCCGUCGCGGCUUGCGCGUGUGUCGUCGGCGUCAGGGGCGCCGCCGGCGGCGCCGGCUGCAGCAACAGCAGCGCCGGCAGUGUCCACGCCGCCACCCGCGUCCCACAGCCCGCCAGUGGCGGCAGCGGCGGCGCCGGCAGGCGCCGCGCCGCCGGCGGCAAGCGGCGGCAGCGCCGCCGGGCGGCCGCCGGGCCUGCCGCGUCCCGGCAGCGCCGCCGGCGCAAGCCGCGCCGCUGUGGCGGCGGCUGCCGCCGGCAGUAUCAUGCGCAACCUGCCCAGCCCUAGUGGCGGAUCCUCAUCCGCCGCCGCCGGCGGCGCCGUCGCCACCAGCGGGGGCGGCGGCUCCGCCGCCGCCAACCGGGGGAGCAGCAGCGACCAGUUGCGGCGGCCCAGCGGCGGCUACAGCCGUGCUGACGCGGCUUAUUUUGGCGGCGGCGGCAUGGAGCGGGUGACGAGCCUAGUCAGCCGGGGUGACGAGUCGCCCGCCUUUGGCAGGAGCCUGCGGGAGCGCUACGGCGGCGGCGGCGGCUCGGCGAUGGGGCCCAUGCUUCUUACAGGCGGGGGCUCGAGGAGGCCGUCCAGCGGCGCGGCUUCGGGGCCGGUUUCGGGGUCGGCGUCGAGGCCGGCUUCGGGGCCUGUGUCGGGGCCUGUGUCGGGGCAGUAUGGGCGGGGCGGGGCGGCGGGUGGUGCUGCCAGCCCCUCGGUGCUCACGACCGGGUCCUUUAGGUCGGCGGGGUCACAGAGCGGGGCUGAGGAAUGAUGGGAGUUAUCGAGUUAAGUGACAGAAUCUUGGAUAAAUGGCUGGUGCUGUAGGGUAAUGACGGGACAGCGCGGCGGACUCAUUGACGUGGACAGGCGCGGGUGCUGUGCAGAGUCCUGUGUGCGGAACUUACUCGGUACGGUAAGGCUGCGCUGGGCAGGGUUUAUGAAGGUGAUACGUCAACCCAGAGUAAGGUACGGACGUACGGUAACGGCCCAAUUGCCCUGCCCUGGGCUCAUGGCUCGCGGCUCUGUUACUGCCGUUAUGGACGACCGUGAAGGCGGAGCAAUGCAGCUCCACUGUCAAACGCACUGUUGAGCGCCGGGUUCCACAUCUCGCCCUAUUCCCACAUGGUUGCUCUGUUCCAAGAGUUCGGUACUCUCGCUUGCGCAAGUGAAUCCAGGCGCUGCCGUGUAGUGCAGGCGCAUGCGCGGCGGACUGGCAGACCAAAUAGCGCUGCACAGGGGCAGAGCGCUCACAGGCCCCUCCCCACAGGUGGCCGGCCUGGGCGAAACCGUUGUGCCUGGUCUCCCCGAACCCCGA